GCCUUCGCUGUUGCCGGGUUGCUGGCUUCGCGCGCUCGGCGACGGGAUGCUGGACGACGAGUGCGGCUGGAGCGUGUCCUUCGCGGGCUGCGGCUUCCUGGGCGUUUACCACAUCGGGGCGGCCACCUGCUUGCAGGAGCGGGCCCCGCGCAUCCUCCGUGACGCCCGCUGCAUCUACGGCGCUUCGGCCGGGGCCCUCACCGGCGCCGUCCUGGUGGGCGGUGGCUCCCUCGCUGAAUCUUGUGCAGAUGUUUUGGUGUUAGCCAAGGAAGCCAGAAAACGAAAUCUUGGUCCUCUUCAUCCUUCAUUUAAUAUAAUGAAGAUUAUAAGAGAUGGGCUCAUAAAAAACCUUCCAGAAAACACUCAUCAGUUGGCAUCAGGCAAACUCUGUAUUUCCCUAACCAGAGUGUCAGAUGGUAGCAAUGUGUUGGUGUCUGAUUUUAAUUCUAAGGAAGAAAUAAUUCAGGCUUUAGUUUGUAGUGCAUUUGUCCCUAUUUAUUGUGGCCUAAUUCCACCAUCAUUUAGAGGUGUGCGAUAUGUGGAUGGAGGAAUCAGUGAUAACCUACCUCACCAUGCAUCUAAGAAUACCAUCACAGUCUCUCCUUUCUCUGGGGAGUGUGAUAUCUGCCCAAAGAGUAACUCUGCAAAUUUUCAUGAAGUGAAUCUUACUAACACCAGCAUUCAGUUCAGCUUAGGGAACCUAUAUCGUUUAACACAAGCGCUUUUUCCACCAGAACCCAAGGUUUUAGGAGAGCUCUGUGAACAAGGAUAUUCAGAUGCUCUUCGAUUCUUGAAAGAAAAUGGUAUUCUAAAUGAAUCAAUUUAUGUUGACUUGCCAUUAGCAAAGAGAAACCCUCAGGAUCUUAUAAAGUACCCUAAAUUCACAAAGAAGAAAAAUAUGCCAGGGAAUAAUACUGAAGAGAAGAUGGCAAACACGGAAAAAUUUAAUGACCAGCUGAAGCAAAACAUGUGGCCACUGGAUGAAAGAAUAGUUGAGACCCUACCUCCUAAACUUCGCAAAGCAUUACAGGAAGCUUGUAAAGAGAAGUGUGGGUUCUAUGCUCAGCUUUCUAAACUCUUACCAGUGCGAGUGAUGUCUUACCUGAUGCUGCCGUAUACAUUGCCAGUGGAGUCUGCCUAUUCUGUUGCCCUGAGAGUAGUAGACUGGUUUCCUGAUAUUCCUGAUGAUGUUCGAUGGAUGCAGGGACAGGUAUAUCGGAUUGUUGGUACAGUUUGUUCUCAAGCAAGAAAUAAGCUGCUCCGCGCAUGCAGUAAAGAGAGCUUUGGUUCACUAAGAAAAUGUCACACUGUCCCACCUACUGUAGAGUUGCAUUCCACUUGCUGCUAUCUUAAAAUCCCACACUCUUCUGCAGACCUAGAGAGUUGGCUUUGGGAUUUUCCCUCUUGCACAGACUUAACUGGGAAGCAAGUUUCUGCAAGCAAAGAGAAGCUUUCAGAGUCAGAUUCCCAUCUUAAUUGUGUCACAAAUUCUGAAGAAUCUGGAAUGGAAAUGGACUUUGACUCUUCCUCGGAAAACAGUUUCCAGACGGCUUCAGAAGACUAAUUUUGAAGGAAAAAAAUUGAAUGUUCUGGAUUCUCUGUCAGAGAAACUUGAAACCUGAGGAAUUAAUUUUCCUCACCUCCUGCCAACAAAUAUAGAAAGAUUUUAUUUUGUUUACAUCAGGAUGACAGAUUUGCCUUUGUGGACUAUACAGUUCUAAGGAUUAAAAAAAAAAAAGUUACUGUACAAAGUAACUAUCCAUAUCCUGGUUAAUGAGUUAAAUCACCAGUUUAAUGGACUGUGGUUAAGAUGCAUCUAAAAAGAGAUUUAACUUCAAUCUACUUGUACACACCAAUUUAAAAUAAAAUGAAUACCAAUAAAUGGCUUGUAUGCUAUAGAAACAAGCCUUUAAAGCAAACAUUGCAUUUAAAAACCCAGACUUUUUAUAAAUAGUUCUUACAUUUUUAGCACUUGGGUGGAAUCAAGCAGCUUGUACUUUGUAAGGGGAAAAUGUAUGUAGGACUUUUUUGAGGGCCUCCAAUGUCUGUGCGUUUGCUUUAUGUUUAAAUGUAUUGCUGAAAUUGUGGGGAAAUGUUACCAAUAGGGGUGUGUGAAACAGGCUGUAUUCGAUUUGGAUUCAGCCCAAAUCGGGGACAGUGAUUAGAUUUGUUGAU